GUUGUUAUUGAAUGCAAUAUACAAAACACAUGUGUUUUUAUUAUUGAACACAAAAAAUAAAAUAUUUAAACACAAAACACAUAAACAAAACAAAAAUCAAAAAAUGUUUUUUUUGUGAAUUAAAUGAUUGACUGAAAGUGUUUUUUUUGGGAACCGAUUAUCGGGUGAUGUCUGCAGCCGUAGUAGUAGUGGUAGUGAAACGAUUGUCACGACUAGUGGACACCGUAUAUCGUCAGCUAAAGUACAACAACCGAUUCGUACGCAAAUGGAAGAGAUAUUUAUGGCCAACGAAUAGUCCAGUGAAUUGGCCGAACAAAUGUCGCCGAUAUCCCGAUUUGAUGAACAAAUUUAUGGCCGAAAGAGACGAUCGGCUGAGCAAACAGCCAAUCCAGAGGUUAACAGUCGAUAUGUAUAGGGAUUUGAUAGCCGACAGCGGCGGAGGAGACUCGGAGGCGGUGAUCACCGAGGAAGACACGGCAGCGGCGGUUCGCGAAAUUGUCGACUAUUUUAAUUCGUCGCUAAUUAGGUCGAGAUAUUGUCCGGAAACGGUUACCGUUAAGGAUAUGAAGUAUAUGUUGGGAAAUAUCGGCGAAUUUUAUCGCCGAAAACAACACUUAGAUUAUAUGUUUGUCCAUGAAUUUGAUUGUUGGCGACAGCGUAGGGAACACGAGGCCAACCGAUCCGAUCGUAAGGCCAAAGAGUUGGCAGCGAUGGCCGACUUUCGACAGAUCGGUUGUUUUGAUAGCGAAAAUCGUCUGCAAUACGGCUUCUGGAGGAACACACUGUUCACCAGAUAUUUCAAUCAAUCGGCUAAACAAUACUCGUUCAAUAGAUUACGAACGGCCACACUUUACGGCCAAAAACUGGUCAUCGAUUGUUCGUUUGAUACGGAAAUGCAAGACUACGAAACCGAAAGCGUUGGCCGACAAUUGGCCGGCAUUUAUCAUACAAAUCGUUUGCCGCCGUCGCCGACAACCGAACCGUUUGAUCUGUACUUUUGUAACUGUCGUCCCGACGGUCGUGUCUAUCGAAAAUGGAUGAAAUAUAUGCGUCCGCUGGACAGUGAUCUCAACAAAUACUAUGUAAAUGUUACCGAAAACAACUAUUUAGAUAUGUUUCCUAAGGAACAACUGAUUUAUUUGACACCCGAUGCCCGACAAGUACUGACCGAAUUUGAUCCGAACGCUAUCUACAUAUUGGGUUCAUUGGUCGGCAAGACAUGUAGUCUACCGCUGACCAAAUGGAAAGCCGAACGGGAAGGUCUACAACAUUAUAAGCUACCGAUACAUAUGUUUGUCAAAUUGAAUCCGGGAGUCAAACGGACACAAAGUUUUCUGUCGUGUUUUAAGAUAUUACUCGAAAUGAAAGAUCAUAACAAUUGGGAACUGGCUUUCAAUAGAGGGAGUGUUCGUCGACUUUAA